AUGCACUUGCUGCUAAAAGUGAGAUCAGCUUACCAACAUGUCGUGAUAAUAUUCGGGAAUGAUGUAAGAGUGGAGAAUAUUGGAGCUGAUGCACAAGCUCUGGAAGCGGAAGAACCCGGUAUGCCCAGUGAAGGUAGCGGAGAAGAACAUCUACUUCAAUCUGCCGUCGAAGCACCACUAUUAGAGGAGUCGUUAAGCGGAGACGACCAGAGUUAUGGAGACCAUCGUAAUUAG